UUACUUUGCUCCAAGGGUAUAAAAGGAGCCUCCAUCGCUUUGGUUCCAAACCUCGUGUUUGAAAUGCGCUGUGUCUGCCCUAGCAGAGCGCUCAGGAGACAAACUGCUUGCAUGCUAAGUGAGAGAUACGAGCUUGACUUCCCUGUUGUUUUCUUUUGCUUUCAGCAAUUCUUAAAGCUGCUGAAAAGCAUGACUUCCUGUUGUGUUGUUCCAAAACCUCCAGUGAGGAGGGUUGCUAUCUUUGGAGGAACUCAUGGCAAUGAGUUAUCAGGGAUAUUUUUGGUCAAGCACUGGCAAGAGAAUGGAGCUGAGAUUCAAAGAGCAGGAAUGGAAGUGAAACCAUUUCUCACCAACCCAAGAGCUGUGAAGAAGUGUACUAGAUACAUUGACUGUGAUCUGAACCGUGUUUUUGACCCUGAUAAUCUUGGACAGACAGUGGUGGAAGAUAUUCCAUAUGAAGUGAGAAGGGCUCAGGAAAUCAACCAUAUAUUUGGUCCAAAAGGUAGUGAUGAUGCCUAUGACCUUAUUUUUGACCUUCACAACACCACUGCUAACAUGGGUGGUACCCUUAUUCUUGAGAACUCCAGGGAUGACUUUACAAUUCAAAUGUGUCAUUAUAUCAAGAAUGCUUUGGCUCCAGAGCGCGUUCCUGUUCUGCUGAUUGAACAUCCCAACUUGAAAUACGCAACAACCCGAUCUGUAGCAAAACAUCCUGUUGGUGUGGAGGUGGGGCCUCAGCCACAAGGUGUUGUUAGAGCUGACAUUUUGGACAAAAUGAGGAAGAUUGUCAAACACGGCCUUGAUUUUGUUCACCUUUUUAACGAAGGAAAAGAAUUUCCACCAUGUACAAUUGAGGUUUAUAAAAUAAUGGAGAAAGUAGAUUAUCCCAGGAAUAAAAAUGAUGAAGUUAUUGCUAUUAUUCACCCUAAGCUGCAGGAUCAAGAUUGGCAGCCACUGAACAAUGGUGAUCCUCUGUUUUUGACUCUUGAUGGAGAAGUAAUUGCAUAUAAAGGGGACUGUACAGUCUAUCCAACAUUCAUUAAUGAAGCUGCGUAUUAUGAAAAGAAACAAGCCUUUGUAAACACAGUUACCGUGGAACUCACUGCAGAACUCAUCAGAUCUCAGCCGUAGAUCAGAACGCCUCUUAAAGCUCGCGACAGAUUUUCCGUACAAGAAGUGAUUUCUGUCUGUGAAAUCCAGUAUCAUCCAGUGGUUGUUCGCAGGCUUAAUAAAUUCAGAAUCUAAUUUAAAAAUGUAAUUUAAUUAACAUUUUGAGAACUUGUAAUGUGAAAUAUAUUGUAAUAGGACAGCAUCAUAAUGCUAAUUAUGGCUUCUAUUUACUUGUUUUAAUAGACAUAGAUACAAAGAUUAUUUUUAUGAAGUUUGAUAGUUCGUGCUAUAUAAAAGGAUUAAACAACGUACCACAUAUGCUGAUGAGCAGCAAUAAAGCAUCUAUCCAGAAUUACACGGAAAGUAAAACUUUAUCACCCAGCUAAAUGAUACAAAAAUGACAACAUUUUAACUUGGUAAGCAGAAACAUCCAGUAAUCAACCAUUCAUAAAUUAAUUGUUCAGCUGAGCCGUAUAAAAUGUGAGACAAAGGAAACCAGAAGGAAAGAAACACAGAGAGGGGAUGUGUAUGUUAUUAAUGCCUGCUGCCCGGAAGUGGACGCCUUAGGGUUUGUUGUGGCUUUGUGCUUAACAAGGAUCAUCUAAGAACAUGAUUUCCAAGGAAGAAGUACACUAAAAUAAAUUAUGCUUAAAUUGAAAUUAUUACAAGAUUAAUUAAACUGCUCCCGAUUCGUCUUUUAAAGACAAAAAGGGUUGAAUUUAAGAAGUUUCCAGUAGUCUGAAAGAUACUGAAGCCACAUUCUGCGGGAAAAAAAAAAAAGUGCAUAUCCAGUGAAUAAAUUCAGAAGGCACUCAGUAAUUCGUUGUUUGCUGAAAGGCUCAUCGUCCACAUAACCCACCACAAAUAUCUACUUUGAAGAGUACUAAGCCAAAAUCUUUUCAGCUUCCUUUGUGUAACUCUAUAGCAGUAAAGAUACAGGACAGAAGGAGAUGCUUAUUGAAUUACAUGUUUUAUUUCUUUAUAUUCAGAUAAAUAUUGAAUAAAAAUUUGAAGAUUGA